CAGCGGGCUCAGUGAGAGCAGCUUCCGUCAGAGAGAGCAGCAUCAGCGGCGUAUGUGGAGCCUCUGAGCACCACAGGGAGACGACUACACUCAAAUAACGUGACUAUGUACCCGAAAGAUAUUUUUUUUAAACGCGUCCUCUCACUGAUUUUAUACCCUUUUAUUGCGUUAUUAUAAUUAUCCUUUUUUUUUUUGUACUGGAGGGGAGCAGCAAAGCGAGGCUUCACUGCGGCUUCAUCAAUCAUCAAUUUCCUCUUCCAGCCCUGGGAAUUACAAUGAAAAAUGUAGGUGACACAUUUUCUCUAACAAUCCAGGAGUCACAAUAGCAUCCAAGGUGAAGACGGCAAAGAAGAAAGCAGGGGGAAAAUGGUGACGGGUGCCGCAUCUAUAGGAUCAGCAUCCUCUCUGUGGAGCCCCUGCGUAAAAGAAAAGUGUGGAGACUGGUGAACGAGUGGAUGUGAAACAAAGAGAAAGAAAGACUUGAAGAAGCAGAGGAUCUCAACAGGACUGCCCCUGUUCACAUGGAGCUUUUCUGGGGGAUUUUCUCAGCUGCUUUCAAAGCCGAGGCUCUUCACUAACUUUAACAACUCCCUUUCCACUAUUUUUACUUUAUUGUUAUUGUUGCUGGGAUAGAGGUUACGGACCUCUUCCCUUUUCUCGUCUGCUGUUUUGUUCUAAGCAAGACCAAAACCAGGUGCCAAACUGACUGUGUCAAGAGAAAAAGCAAAAAAUCUAUGAAACUAACCAUCACCAAAUCAUCAUAAGAAGAGUUUAUUUAGUCAUUUAGCUUUUGAAAACAAGAUUUAGUAACAAUAUUAACUUUAUUUCUCCCCAACUCCUGAAACAUACAUAGACAUUACAUCCAAUUAAAAUCAUAUUUAGUCUCAACACAUCACAGCAUAUUGAAGAGAGACUUUAUAAAACCGAACAGAACAACCGUAAAACUUAAUAUCCAUUGUCUUCGGUCAGUGUUUGCAUAGCUGCUGCUCUUAAUGCUGAAACUGAGAGAUUUUCCUUACCAGGAUGAUGAUCAGUGCAUUAUUGGUUCAAAGUGCUUUAUAAACAGAUCCUCCAGCCGAUGGUUCGCUUGUAAUUGUGUGUCACAGAAGAGGCGCGCCGAAGCAGUGAUAACUCUGGAUCUGACGCCGUCUGAAUACUUUAAAGCUUCGGCAGGACGGCGUUUGACUGAUAGGCAACACGAACUACGUCUAACCCGAUAAAUAUAGGCACCACCGCUGCUGCUGCUGUUAUCAAAGGCUUGGAGAUAUACCGCCGUCUCAGUCUGCGCUGUGAAACACUGUUGGCACUUUGCUCCUUCUUCCAGUUGCUUAUAUGAGAGAGGCCUCUCACUCUUUGUCGUCUUCUGUUUCUUCCACACGUGGCGCUCGAUUACGCCACGCUGAACAACCUGAAAGCCCCCUUUAUCUAAUCCCAGUGACCUCUUCAACUCUUUUGCAUUCUUCCUUUUAUUCUACUACAACCAUGCAAUUUUAAAACCUUUCACUGUAUUUAGAUUUUUUGUGGAAGGAGAUCAAGUUUGUAAAAAACAAAUAAACAAGAGGACAUAACCUAAAGCCAUACUGAACACCAGCCAUAAAAAUACCUUUCACAUUUACCGAACACCUCACAAUGUUUAAGAUUUCUUCAACAAAGUGAUCCUCAAACACAUCAGUGCACAUACACAUUCAGGGAGUCAGUGAAGAAACUGCUAAACCCUAAAUUGCAUACAUUUGGAUGAAAGAACAGCUUUGUAAGUUCAGACUUUUCUACCUGUGUCUUUCUAGAUCGCACUCCGUGCUAACUCGCCUGCGGUGUCAAGCGUGGCAGUGAACGUGACCGUGUCGAGUUCCCGGUUGUCGCCCCGUGUUCCUCUGUGUUGACGGAUGAAUCCGGACAUUUUCAUGUCUGUUCUGUGGGCAGAACCUCGCUGCCCUGCUAGAACCGGGCCCAAGCCCUCCUUCGUUCUCUUCUGUUGGGCCAAGCUAAAUUCAGAGCAAAGACACUCACACAAGGGUAUCGAACGCACAUAGAUCCUCACGUUUUUUAGAAUCUUUUCUUUCUGUGAUUUUGUCUCCAGUUUCUCGCUAUUGAUCACUCUUUUGUGAAUGCCUUUUCAUGCUCAUUCAUUGACCUGAUCUCUGUCCUCUAAACAUUUGAUGCUGCUUAACGCUUUCAUUCAGCAGUACCUUUAUUAGUCCAACUCACUGUCCACAACUUCUAAAUUCACUGUUCUACUGUAAUUUCAAGCAUAUUGACCUUUACUGGUUCUCUUCCUAUUAAUAGUUUCAAGGGAAGAGCUUGUGUAUUGGCAAAUUAUGAGCAUGAUAUAAAAAAAAAAUACAAAUUUAAGUCACAGCUUGUGCCAAAUUCAGACCGACUUCCUCUCAGCUUGUUCAGUGAACAAAGCUGAGAUCUCUAAAGCUGCCAGCACUGUUGUUUACAGACACGAGAGACACACGGCUCGAGGAUUUAAAUUUGAUUUGAGAAACAUUAUUUUUCCCAUGUAUGAUUUUACACAUCAGUUAUCCACACAGGACAAAAGAAGUGCCAGACUCGAACAAGAAUAGAUCCAACAUCUGUUAAAGCUCAUCUAACGUGAAAACUAAAGUUUACAUAAAGCGCUAAAUGUUUACAGACUACAUUUUCCAUUGCAGUUUCUUACGUGAACUGUUGUGCCAUAAACGACUCCCAGAAAACUCUUCAGUAGGAGAUAUAAAACUCUUUUUUUCUGGAGGGGUCAUUAUAUUAAAAGAGUUUACAGUUUUCUUGCUCUCAUUUUGUUUACAGGAAAUGUCAAAAGAUUACUGCCUAUUUUGAAGAUUUUAAAUUUUGGCCAACAGACUGUAAAAUGUCACUUUGUCGACUGACAGACCAAAAUUAAAUACUUGCUGCCAUAAAACAAGCAACAUUGUUCUAUAUUUAUAAUCAGUUUUCAUUUGAAUUGAUUAUUUCAGAACUACAGCCAUUUCACAGGCAGUUCAUAUAGGGCCUAAAAACUCUGAAAGACCUCAAUGUUUACAAAAGCUGCUUAAGGGAAGGAUUUUGCUGCGUUCCAUUUACCUCGGAAGUCGGAGCUGGGAAUGACGUCACACCCGAGUUCCAGUUAACAAGUCGGAAAACCUCCCUCGGCCAGCCAUUGUUUACAACUAGCCGGGUUAGCUAUUGAUACGCCACAUUGUACGGUAUUUACUCAUACUAAACACUGUAGCAACACGACCACAGACAGCAGUUGGACAGCACUUUGUGUACGAAGACUUAUGAGUCACAAGUACACAGAAGAGCUAGUAAACAGUAUAAACUACAGCUACUACAACUAGCAACUACAACUGUUCAUACCCCGACAGCCAUCUUGGAUCACGAAGUCGGGGUAGUGCGGUUCUCCUGACUUCCGACUUAAGGGGUCGUUCCCUUUGAAAUUUUGACCUUUGGACUCGGAAAUUCCGACUUCCCAUGUCGAAUGGAACGCACCAUUUGUAUACGGAGAGAAAUGUUUACAUUUAGGUGAAAGACUGAAAAGCCAAACAUUGCUUGAACAAAGAGAAUCUGCUGAACUCCGAGAGAAACCCUUUGCACCUGUGCAGUGUGUGCAGAACAAAAAAGGAUUCAUCCCACUGGAGUUAAAACUUUUCAUACAAAACUCCAAGAAGCUGCCAUCUUGGAAGUGGACGCUGAUAAGGAGGAGUGUUUAUGUGAAUUGUUUUUACGACUGCUCAAGAAAUUUGUGUUAAAACAAUGAAACCUGCAAUUUCAAGAGGGAUGUUUUGCUUGUCCCUUGUUCUCCUGCUUUACUGCUGCCUCACUGUUUCCACGCUAACCAUAACCACGGAGCGACGCGCUGUUGAUAGCGAUGUCAGGACUCUGACCAGCAGCAAAAACGCUGCUGCGGCUGCUAAAAGGAGCACCACCUUGUUCCUGCUGACCGGCUACAAGCCACCAUUGCCACCGCUGCCCGCCGGACCCAAAGUGGCGCCGAAAGCAGCUGAGGUGGAAGAUGGAGAUGAUCCACCGGUUAUGGCCGAGCUCCCUCCAAAGCCCCUCCCUCAGACCAUGUUGCCAAAGAACAUGACGGCCGACGCCCUGAAGCCUCCGCUCGGUGCGGCCCAGGUGGCUCCACCUCCAAGACAGCUGGUGGAUGUGGACGUGUGCAGGGGUUACUAUGACGUCAUGGGGCACUUUGACAGCACGUUCAACUGCUCCAAGGACAGCUACAUCUACUGCUGCGGUACCUGUCACUACCGGUUCUGCUGCGAGCACCAGAGGAACCGGCUGGACCAGAACUCCUGCCACAACUACAACACUCCCGUCUGGGCGGACCCACAGGUCCCCGUCACCGUGCCCGUGGGAAACAAGCCCGACCCGGACUUUGAGACGUUGCAGCAGCAGAACAGCAGUACGGCCUAUGUGAUUGGAGGGGUUAUCUCCUUCACGCUGGUGGUGGCCGUGGGCGUCAGGAUUGCCUUCAGCAAGGUGGCACGCCGACCCCGCAACAGGGACAUCAACAUGCCCAGAUCACUGGUGGAUAUCUUGCGUCACCAGUCGAGCCCGGUGCAGCAGGGAGAGAGGAACAACUCCACAGGGUUACCUACCACCACCUCAGACGGACGGACAUCCAAAAACCUCUACACCCCGAUCCUGCAGAGCAAAGACAACCGCACUGGGAACUUGCACCACCAUUUUAACCAGCAGGGGUCUGCUUCCAGCCCCAAACACUCUGCUACCAUCGAGCGUGGAUCCCGUAUGAACAACACCUCCCAGCUCUCCUCUGGACCCACCCUGCUUACAGGUAGCGGGAAAGGUCCCAGUGGCGGCGCCGUUGGUGGCGGCAGCAUUAUCGGUGGGGGUAUGAGACACAACAGCAGCCAUCCUUCCUUCUCCCACUCCUUCCACAAUCUGGCCCAGCUGCCGCCGUCCUACGAGUUGGCCAUGAAACCUGAGAUCAACCGCUACAGCUCCCUGAAGAGGCUGGAGAAAGAACUUGACGAGUACUCCAGCUACUACUCCAAACGCCGCCCCAACAACGCACCUCCCUCCUUCCACUCCUCGCAGCACCACCUGCCCUGGGGAGGUGAGUACACGCUGGGCUCCAGGGGCACGCUGCCCCUCCAUGGCUCCCGGCCUCGCAUCCACAUCCCCUCCUCCACCCCGAACCCUUACCCGCUGCCCGCCCAGACUCAGUAUACCAGCUCCAGCUUCGACAGGCCGCCACGCCGCGUCCGGUCCCAGGACCAGCUGCUUGCGCUCGGGGAGGGCAACACGCUGUCCCGCCUGUCCAAGAACCAGCAACACCAGUACUACAAAGCCAUGAUGAGCACCAGCAGGAGCUCUAACUCGCAGACACUCCGCAGGUCCCAUGAGAGGCUUCUGAUCUCACCUGACCGUCUGGAGGACCAGCUGGUGGCGAUGGGUCUGAUGGUUGGAGGAGGUGACAGAGGAGCAGGAAGCGGGAUGGUGCCCACCAUGGGCCGGCUCAGCCACCACCAGAAGGCCCAGUCGCAGCAGAACAUCUGUGCCACGCCGUCCUUGGAUCGCCACCACAUGAUCAAGAUGAACUCCCACCCAACGCCUGGCCACGACCACGACCGCAGCUCCGCAGCCAUGCCCGGGAUGGGCAUGCACAGCGGCUGGGACCCCCACAGCAGCAGCGGAGGUGGAAUAGGGACGAUCGGAGCCCACCACAACGCCCGGCGGAUGGCUUUUGCCAGCAAGAGGCAGAACACCAUCGAGCAGCUGCACUUCAUACCGGGAGGAGGAGGAGUGCAGGGACUGCGGACUGGGAGUAAGAACGAGGUGACAGUGUGAGAGGACGAGGGAGGCAAAGAGUGAGGAAGAUGAAGAGUAGAGAGGUGAAGGCUGAUGUUGUAAAGAAGCUGGAGAGUCAGUGGACAGUGGAACGGGAGGUGGCGAGGCAUUUAGUGGGAGACAUGAGGAGGAAAAGAUAACUGUGAAGAAGAAGGAAAAGGUUUGAUCUCAUGCUGGCUGCUUCACAGGGCUGCACUCUUCCCUGAGAGCAAGCAGUAAACAGCCCCCCCCCCCCUUCAUUAAACAAAAAGUGGUGG